AUGGGUCUUCGCAGGGCUCGCCAUUAUAUGGGCUCGUUACUGGUUCCAAGCAAUGCGUUCACCGCAUGUUCCGCCAAGAAAACAAUUAGCGCUCUCAGACUUUCCCACAGCCGUAAGACAGAACAAGUUUAUCAGUAUGGUGGCUGUUACACAUCCUCCAUCGUGAUGAAUGGCUAUCGUCUUGAUUUCAGACGUUUACUUUUAGAUGGAAUCAACACCAAGCAAAUAUGA